UUGAAGAGAUGUGAAGCCUCUUCCGGCUUACAGCGUAAAUGAAAAAGAAGUGGCUUUGUUGGUUGUAAUACCUAUAACUAAUGAGAUUCGUGUUUGCAGAUUUUUUGUUAGUUAUUCGUUCUAAACACAUUAGUAAGAUAUAUUACUCGUGUUGUUGCUUAGCUUUUCUGGUUCAUCUGAAAUAUCGUAAUUAGAUAGAUAGACAAUUUAGGAAGUUUAUAUUUGCACAAAAGCAUUAGUUUCCAAAAUGAACAAUACAGGAGACCAAACAUCCUUCGAAUCCUCAAGCUCGACUAUUGCAAACGCUGUUGAAGGAGUCAGUAGUCGAUCUUCAUCAACAUCAACAACGCCAAGUUCGUCGAAAAGUUUAUUCGAACCUUCGGAAGAAUCUUCUUUGCAUAAUGAGCUCAGUUCCUACUACAGUGGAAACCGUGUUACUAUACCUGCUGCAGCUGAAUCGAACGCAUUCAGCUUCCGUAAACUAUGGGCAUUUACUGGGCCAGGAUUUCUUAUGUCUAUCGCUUAUUUAGAUCCAGGAAACAUAGAGUCGGAUUUGCAGAGCGGAGUUGUAGCCAAGUAUAGCCUGCUAUGGGUUCUUCUCGCAGCAACUUUGUUGGGUUUAGCCAUGCAACGUUUAGCUGUGAAAAUUGGAGUUGUUACAGGUUUGCAUUUGGCGGAAAUGUGUUAUCGGCAGUAUAAAACCGUACCCAGGCUUUUGUUAUGGCUAAUGGUAGAGGUAGCCAUCAUUGGAUCUGAUAUGCAGGAGGUGAUUGGUACCGCUAUAGCCAUCUAUUUACUUUCAUACAAAAGGAUUCCUCUCUACGUUGGAGUGCUUAUUACAGUAUUUGACACAUUGUCAUUCCUAUUUCUGGAUAAAUAUAAGCUACGGAGAUUGGAGCUUUUUUUCGGUUUCCUCAUUACUACAAUGGCCGCAUCAUUUGGAUAUCAAUAUAUUAUUAGUGGAACGCCGCAAAACGAGGUUAUCAAAGGAAUGUUUAUACCAUGGUCAAAGGAUUAUCGACCAGGUACGCUUUUACAGGCUGUUGGUAUAAUUGGGGCCGUCAUCAUGCCUCACAAUUUAUAUUUACAUUCAGCUCUCGUAAAGUCUCGAGUUAUAGACCGCAAGCAACCUAGUGAAGUGAAAGAUGCUAAUCGGUAUUACUUUAUUGAGGCAACGAUUGCGUUACUGGUUUCUUUCAUUAUAAAUGUCUUCGUGGUUGCGGUAUUUGCACACGAUCUUUAUGGAGAAACAAAUCAAGAUGUGAUCAAUAGAUGUGUUAACACAUCUUUUUCGAACGAUAUUUUGUCUGCAUUUACUGCUAAUAAUGCUACUGCAGAAAUCAACAUUUACAAAGCCGGUUUAGUGCUGGGCUGUUUCUACGGAGGUGUGUCAAUGUACGUUUGGGCCAUCGGCAUUUUGGCUGCUGGUCAAAGCUCUACUAUGACAGGAACCUAUGCUGGGCAGUUUGCGAUGGAGGGUUUUCUGAAUUUGCAGUGGAUUCGCUGGAAACGGGUGUUAUUCACCCGCACAAUUGCUAUAAUACCUGCUUUCUAUGUAGCGUUUUUCAGUCGACUUGAAGAUCUUACAAAAAUGAACGAUGUUUUAAAUGCAGUUAUGGCAUUGCAACUUCCGUUUGCUGCUAUACCGACUGUAACUUUUACAUCUAGCAUUGCACUAAUGGGAGAAUUUGUAAAUGGAACAUAUGAAAAAUUAAUUUCAAUCACUCUCAGUUUUACUGUAAUUUGUAUCAAUCUUUAUUUUAUAAUUGCAAGUCUUGAGCAGGUCAAAUUAUCUUCUAUUAUGAUAGUUGGUGUUGUUUGUUUCGGAGUGUAUUAUAUUGCAUUCAAUGCCUAUCUUAUUCUACACAUGAUAGCUGUCUUGGGUAACCAAUCGUUUUCUGGAAAUAUGAUCAUUCAACGAUACAUCUUGCAUAACAAUGGUGCGCUUGUUACAAACAUAAGAAGCGAACAGAUGGACAAUCAAUCAUAGUUUAUACAGGAAUCCAACAAAAGUCGAAAUACAACUAGUGGAGGUACUAUCCAAAGUGAAACUGUCCCCAAUCAACUACAAGUUGACUUUUGUAACAAUUUCGUAGGUGGUUAAGUUCGUAGGUAUAGUUAGUAAUCUGUUUCUUAAUUCGUGCAUAUGUUACAUUGUUAUAUCUGUACAAAGUGAGAAGAAUUGAAAAUCAUUUAUAAUGAAAUGAUAAAUAAUGUUGAAACCUGUACGUGUGAUGUUAUUUAUUGAUGUAAUUAAGUGGAAGUUGCCAUCGAUCUAGUCACGUCAGAUCGAGCGGCUGAACGAUCGAGGGUUAUUUUUGGCUUGGUGUGCGUCAGAU